AUGAACUCUAAUAACAGCAAUACCAAUCAAUACACAUUACCUUCCAUUAAGAAUCUACUGAAUGCAGUAUGUACAAAUAUACCCACAGACGACACCACUGUACAUCUGCAUCAACGCUCUGAUAUCCCCAAGGCAGAUAAUAGAAACACGAUAGAGGCACUUUUAAAUGAAUCUUCACCAAUAUCAAAUUCAAUGGACUCUAAAUCAAGACAAUCCAGAUCAAAUUUACCAAAGGAAACUAUUCAGAUUCUUAACGCAUGGCUCUUGAAUCAUUUGCAUAAUCCAUAUCCGACCUCUCAGGAAAAAAGAGAUUUGCUGAUCAAAACCGGUUUGACUAAGAUACAAUUGUCAAAUUGGUUCAUUAACGUAAGAAGAAGGAAAAUAUUCAAUGGCUACUACGAUCUAGCGAAAAGAUGUAACACAUCGAAUAUUGGAGAACGUGAUGGAUCGUUACCCUUGACCAGAAGAAAGAAAUUAAGUGACAGAUUGAGUGAGUUGAAAAAUUUAUCAAAGCAAGAGGAUGAUUUGACGUAA